AUGAGAAACAGCUCAACAAUAACAACAUUCAUCAUACUGGGAUUGACAAAUGACCCACAACUACAGAUCUUAGUGUUCAUCUAUCUGUUUAUUACAUAUAUGUUAAGUAUAAUUGGAAAUAUGACCAUCAUUUCUCUCAUCUUGGUGGACUCUCAUCUAAAAACAGCCAUGUACUUUUUUCUUCAAAAUUUCUCCUUUUUAGAAAUCAUAUUCACAACUGCAUGUGUCCCCCAAUACUUACACAUCCUAUCAACUGGGAAUAGAACCAUCACUGUCAAAGCAUGUUUCACUCAGAUAUUUUUUAUUGUCCUCUUUUCAGCUACAGAUUUUUUUCUGUUAGCUGUUAUGUCCUAUGACCGCUAUGUGGCCAUCUGUAAACCCCUGCAUUAUGUGACCAUCAUGAAUAGCAAAGUCUGCAAGAUUCUUAUCCUCUGUUGUUGGGUGUCUGGCUUAUUGAUUAUUCUUCCAUUUCUUAAUUUGAGUCUCAACCUGGAAUUUUGUGACUCUGUCAUUGACCAUUUUUACUGUGAUGCUUCUCCACUACUGAAGAAUUCAUGUUCAGAUACGUGGUUUAUAGAGCAGGUGGUUAUAGCCUGUGCUGUGGUGACCUUCAUAAUGACCCUUGUGUGUGUAGUUCUGUCCUAUAUAUCUAUCAUUAGGAUGGUUCUAAAACUGCCCUCUGCUGAGCAAAGGAAGAAAGCCUUUUCCACCUGUUCUUCCCACAUGAUUGUUGUCUCCAUCUCCUAUGGAAGCUGCAUUUUCAUAUAUAUCAAACGUUCAGCAAAGGAUGAAGUGGCCAUUAAUAAGGCAGUUUCUGUGCUUGCUACAUCUGUUGCUCCUUUGUUGAGCUCCUUCAUUUAUACCCUGAGAAAUAAACAAGUAAAGCAGUCUUUCAAUGACAUCAUCAAAAUAUUUGCAUUUGUUUCAAAGAAGGAGAAUUUGAUAUUGGGAUCUCAAAUUAAUUAA